CCUCUCGAGCCGCCCUGCCCUCGCCAUGCUGCGCCUGCUGCCAUGGCUCCGUGCUCUGACCCGAGAAAGCGUGCGGCCCGGAGUCCUGCAGGGCCUGGCUGCUGGUGACAGGAGCAGGGCCGGGAUGUAUCCCACCUGCUACUGUGCAGGCAAAGCUAAGCAGCGGGCUGUGCUGCUCCCCCUGGACCCCUACGGCCAUGGGCUGCUGCACACCUUUCCCCCGGACGCCUACAGGACUCGAGGUCAUGGCAAGAGGAAGAGCUGGAACUUCAUCCACGAGAAGAUGAGUUAUGACACCUUCUUCACAAUGAAGCGUCUGAUAGAGCGCUCGCGCAGUGUGGGGGAAGUGCUGCGGUGGGUCACUCAGAACCCCAGCAAGGUGUCUGCCAGCCACUACCCCAUCGCCCUGCACAAGCUGGGCCAGCUCUUGCAGCAGCAGCAGCAGCAGCAGGGCCAGGCCACGGUGAACGGGGAGAGCCGCGGGCCCGGCCCGCUGCUGGGGCCGGCGGGGGUUCUUCUCAUGCCUGAGCUUAUGAGGAUGGUUGUGCCUAGUGAAGACGAGAGGUGGGGCCCGGGCGUCCCUAAUCCCUUCCCUGUCGCAGGUCUGCCUGGGGAAUCGCCGCUGGUGCGUGUGCUGGAGGACGAAUCCCGGAGCCGCCUGGGCCGCUUCAACCAGAAGGACGUCUCCAUGGUCUUCAGCAGCGUGAUGAGGCUCCACCCGUCCAGCCCCCACCCCCUGGUCGAGUCUUGCCUCAGCAGCUUGGAGCGGCAUCUGGAGAAGGAGCGCCACCCCCAGACCCUCUUCCUGCUCCUCUCCUACUACCGGCUGCGGGCGCAGGCACUGCAGGGACACCCGGCCUCCGACCAGCAGCUGAUCAACAACCGCAAGAUCCUGCGCCUUGUCAGGCACACACUGGGGCAAGUGAGUGCCAUGCGGGAGCACGAGCUGGCCCUCUUGGACGAGAUGCUGGCUCUGUGCGCCCAGGAGGCGAACAACAAGGCCCUGGAGGCCAUCUUCAGCUCUCAGCUCUUCUACGAGAACCGCCAAGAGCGAUUCAUCCGCAGUAUGGCAGAGUGGCUCCCCAGGAAGGCAGAGAACCUUCCCCCCUACACCAUGGCCCUCAUUGCCAAGUAUGUGGCCCGGCACCGGCUGCGUGAGCCACGGCUGCUUGAUACCAUCGCAAACUUCCUCCUGAAGCGUGGGGAGCAGCUCGACAGCAAGGUGAUCCAGAAGCUGGUGUUUCCCUUCAGCCGCAUGAAUUACCGCCCAUCCAACCACAGCGAGCUCUUCCCCAAGCUGGAGGCCAUCCUGGAGCAGAAAGCUGGCAGUUCACCCCUGGCGACCGUCAACAUCCUCAUGUCCAUGUUUCAGCUUAGCCAUUUCCCCCAGACUGUCCUGCACCAAGUCUUCUCCCCAGCCUUCAUCACCAAUGUUAUGAGUAUUUACAAGGGGCUGGUGGCUGAGGCCCUGCGGCAGCUGGUGGGAGAAGAGUGCUAUCGGCAGGAUGAGGUGCUGCCCCCAGGAUACUGCACAGACUUCCUGCUGUGGAUUAACCGCUCAGGCACCGUGCUGCCUCUCUCCCGUGUCCCUGCGGCUUCCAAGGCUCCCUCUGCCCACACUACAACGUCCCCUGCUGCCAUUUCCUUGCGCUCCAGCGUCCUGGCCCUCACCUCGGACUUGCAGGAUUUUGCCCCGUUUGCUCCAGAGACGCCGAGCAGCCCCCCGGGCUCCCGAGAGAACAACCUGGCUGGGCGGUUCCUGCCCACGCUUUGCCCUGCCCCAGGGGGCCCCUGCUACCAGCCCCCCUCGGACUAUUACUGCGGCCUGAGCAAAGAGUCUUCCCUGGAGAGCCAGGGCAGUUCCACGUUAAGCAGCCCUUCCGAGUGCCUCUCUGCGCAGCCGGCUGGCACUCCUGACUGCUCGCCCAGGGGCAUCUCUGCAGCCACCCUCUUCCAGUUCCCCAUCAGCAAGAUUCUGGAGGAGGAAGAGGAGGCUACCGCCGGCUGCCCUGGGCACGAUCACAACUGCUUCCAGGGGGAGCAGGCCCAGGAAGAACCAGAGGAAAGGAGCCCACCCCCCAGCGAGGACGCCUGCCCUCCACCCUCUCCGUGCCGGCCCAGCCCCAAGCGAGGGCCAGGCGAUGGGCCGCAGGGAGCUGAAGAGAUUCAGAGGGUGGUGCUGUCGGUCAAUGACAAAUGGCAUUACUGCCAGAACUCCGACAUACUGGUGGGCUCGCGAGCCAUGAGGGACAGGCACUUGCGACUGCUGGGCUACUGUCUGGUUCAGCUGCCCUACACGGAGCUGGAGAAGGUGAGUGGCAUCGAGGAGGCCAAGCACUACCUGCGGCAGAAGCUGAGGGAGCUGCGCUUCUGAGGGAUGGAUGCCUCGAG